CAGGCAACAUGCAGAUCUCUCACAUCGUCUUGCUUCAAUUCAAGCCGGAUGUCACCUCUGACAUCAAAGAGAAUGUCGCUAGUCGGAUCAAGGGUCUUAAAGACUCCUGCAUGCAUCCCGAGACCGGCAAGCCGUACAUUGUCAGCAUGAAGGGCGGUGUGGAUGCCUCCAUCGAAGGGCUGCAGAAUGGCAUCAGCCAUGCGUUCGUCUCCGUGUUUGAGAACGCCAACGAUCGCGAUUAUUUCGCCAAGACGGACCCUGUGCAUAUGGCCCUGGUGAAGGAUGUUUUGCAGUACCUGGAGAGGGUGCAGGUGGUGGACUUCAUUGAUGGACAGCUGAUCUAGUGCUCUGGGGAUAUCAUGACACUAUACAGCUUAGAUAGGUAAUGCGCGGGCUGCGUUAACAUAAUCCCAAGUCUCGGUACUCAAAAGACGAGCUAG